GGUACGUACAGCAAAAAACUAAAGUCCAAGGAUUAGGGAUAUGAGAGAUUACUCACAAAUUUUCUCUAACGAUGCGAAGCGUCCAGCUCCUGCCAAGGAUUGUCCCCCAAAAAAUGUCUCUCUUCCAAAUUCUGGGGUGAGAUCAAAUCGUAUUUCGAUGAAAAGCAAACACCCAUUGGAAAGUAAUGGUAGGAAAGCCCCAACCAGCGGAAAAAUUGAUUCAAAAUCAAUGGGCACUAGGAAACAGCUUGAUAGAAAUGAAAGUGGGUCGGGCCGGCCUUUAGGGUCAAAUGGGCUUCCAUUGAAGAUGUCUGCUUCAACUACUGAGAGGAAGACUUCCGCAUCUGGUGCGAAGACUUCCGAUGAUGAGCAUGACCCUGAGGCCGGGAAUGUUCGUGAUGUGAUAAGAAAAAUGUUUCGCGCACUAAUUGCGAGAAGAGAGGAUGAAGAGCAAGCUAGGUUGAUCGAAGCAGAAGAAGGGAACGAACGGCCAGGUUGAAAAAGCAAAAGAAGCUUCGGCUGGUUCAUUAGAGAGGGAGUGACCAGAAUCUAUUGUGGUGUCGAACAAUUUAACUUAGGUUUUGUUUUGUUUUAUCACAGAAUAUGAUUUGGCUACAAUAUUUACAUGUAUUUGAUAUAAUCAUUAAGUGAUUGUAUUAAAUACAUAUAUUUAAUUGUAUGAAUUAUAUUUGACUGUCAAAUGAUGAUUGUAAUAAAAAAUAUACAAGUAUUGUAGUCAA